AUGGGUUCCGUCGGUGUACGAGAGGAGAGAUACGAUGUGCUGAUAAUUGGCGCGGGCCUCUCGGGCAUCUACAGUUUGCACCAGAUGAGAGAGCGUCUUCCCUCCUUGAGCGUCAAAGUUCUCGAAGCUGGGGAGAAUGUUGGAGGGACCUGGUUCUGGAACUGCUAUCCCGGAGCUCGGUUUGACUCGGAAACAGUUAGCUACCAGUUCUCUUGGGACAAGGAAUUGUUACAAGAAUGGAACUGGAAAGAGACGUUCUCUGCUCAGCCGGACACGCUCAAAUACAUUGAACGAGUCUGCGAGAAACAUGACUUGUACAGAGAUAUCCAGUUUAGCACCCGAAUCAAGUCGGUGCAUUGGCAAGACACUGAACGUAUGUGGCUGUUUGCCGACGAGGCCGGCUUUCAAUAUCGUGCACGCUUCUUCAUAAGUUGUUUGGGUGUUCUGUCCAACCCAACGUUACCUGCAAUUGCUGGUAUUGAGGACUUCCAGGGCCAAUCUUUCCACACAUCACGCUGGCCAAAGGACUUCAACGUGAAACGUGACUUCGCCAAUAAACGCAUCGGAGUGAUCGGUACCGGUGCAACCGGAAUACAACUGAUUACCGAAAUAUCCAAAGAGCCAAGUAUCAGGUCACUCACUGUCUUUCAGCGCACUCCCAAUUGGUCUGCUCCGCUUCGCAACACCAAGAUUACACCUCAGCAGAUGGAGAAGUUCAAAUCAGAAUACAAUGUCACAUUCCAGCGAUGUGCCUCAACCCCUACCGGUUUCCUGCACCAACCCGACCCUCGCAAGUCUUCUGAGGUAGCACAGGAAGAGCGCGUCGCUUUAUGGGAGAAGAUCUACGCUGAACCUGGCUUUGCUAAAUGGCUUGGGGCAUUUUCUGAUACUUACACCGAUCGCGGAGCGAACAGACUAUAUUCCGAGUUUAUGGCCAACAAAAUCCGGCAGAGAGUGCGUGAUCCCGUCGUGGCAGAGAGCCUGAUUCCUAAGAACCAUGGUUUCGGCACACGACGAGUACCAUUAGAGAGUGGCUACUUUGAAGCAUUCAAUCAGGCGAAUGUUCAUCUUGUCGAUUUGCAGAAGACGCCCAUUGAGAAGAUCAUCCCGAAUGGAAUCCGAACUUCAGACGACAAGCAGCAUGAGCUGGAUAUUUUGGUUUAUGCAACCGGCUUUGACGCUAUCACUGGUGCUUUCAAUGCCAUUGAGUGGCAUGGAAAGAAUGAUAGACCACUCAUUGACAGUGGUGACAGCGAAACAGGAAAACGUGCCGUCUGGCUUGACCAUCGGCCAUACACCUACCUCGGACUUAUGGCUCCUUCUUUUCCCAAUAUGUUCAUGGUGCUAGGCCCACACCAGCCCUUUGGAAAUAUCCCACGGAGCAUCGAACAUGCGGUACAAGUUGUGACCCAGCUACUAGAGUUCUGUAAGAAUGAGAACUACACUUUCGUCGAAGCAACAGAAGAAGCUGCCGACAAAUGGACCCAGCAUGUGGUUGAGUGUAGUAAGGGCCUGUUGUCAAAUGAGAUUGACAGUUGGAUGACAGGAAUAAACACCAAUGUUCCUGGAAAGGGAGUUAAGAGUGUGGCGCGAUACAGUGGUAGCGCGGUUGACUAUCGCAAGCGAUGCCAGCAGUGUAUAGCAGCUGGCUGGGAAGGUUUCAAAUUUGCUUAA